AGCACACUAAAAAGAGGAAGCAGUGUUUCACAGCUUCACUGUCCAAAGUCAGGAAGAGUAACGUCUGCAUCUUGUGGAGGGAACAAACUCAGCAAAAGUGCCAUCAUGCCGAUGCUCGUGGUGAACACCAACGUUGCCAAAGGCAAUGUGCCCGAGGCUCUGCUGUCCGAGCUCUCCGCAGAUCUUGCACAAGCCAUUGGCAAACCCGAACAGUACAUGACAGUGCACAUCAACCCUGACCAAAUGAUGAUGUUUGGAGGAAAGACAGACCCCUGUGCACUCUGCUCCCUCGACAGUAUUGGCAAAAUCAGUAGUGCAGCGAACAAACAAUACACUGAAAUUGUGUGUGGACUCCUCAGCAAACACCUGGGCAUCUCUGCUGACAGGAUUUAUAUAUUUUUCACUGAUGUGCUUGCAGCUAAUGUUGGCUGGAACAACUCUACCUUUGGCUGAGAGGGUGCCAGAUUCAGCUUGUUGAAAUAAAACAGCAUUCCAAACUGUUACUAUGAGGAGGAAAAUGCUUUAAUCUUAAAUUAGGAAAGUCAAGCCAUCUGGUAAUGCAAUGGCCAGUUUACUCUUUGACUUGACUAGGAUCAUUUUAGCUUUGCACUUGUCCUUGUUGACCUGAAUGAAAUAAACUAAGCACUGCUGAUCAUGA